CCCCCGGCCACUUCGCUAACUUGUGGCUGUUGUGAUGCGUAUUCCCGUAGAUCCGAGCACCAGCCGGCGCUUCAGCCCCCCCUCCAGCAGCCUGCAGCCCGGCAAGAUGAGCGACGUGAGCCCGGUGGUGGCUGCGCAGCAGCAGCAGCAGCAGCAGCAGCAACAGCAGCAGCAACAGCAGCAGCAGCAGCAGCAGGAGGCGGCGGCGGCGGCGGCGGCAGCAGCAGCAGCAGCGGCCGCGGUGCCCCGGUUGCGGCCGCCACACGACAACCGCACCAUGGUGGAGAUCAUAGCUGACCACCCGGCCGAACUAGUCCGCACUGACAGCCCCAACUUCCUGUGCUCCGUGCUGCCCUCGCACUGGCGUUGCAACAAGACCUUGCCCGUGGCCUUCAAGGUGGUAGCCCUCGGAGAGGUACCAGAUGGGACUGUGGUUACUGUCAUGGCGGGUAAUGAUGAAAAUUAUUCUGCUGAGCUCCGAAAUGCCUCUGCUGUUAUGAAAAACCAAGUAGCAAGGUUCAACGAUCUGAGAUUUGUGGGCCGGAGUGGACGAGGCAAGAGUUUCACCUUGACCAUAACUGUCUUCACAAACCCUCCCCAAGUAGCCACCUAUCACAGAGCUAUUAAAGUUACAGUGGAUGGACCCCGGGAACCCAGAAGGCACAGACAGAAGCUUGAUGACUCUAAACCUAGUUUGUUCUCUGACCGCCUCAGUGAUUUAGGGCGCAUUCCUCAUCCCAGUAUGAGAGUAGGUGUCCCGCCUCAGAACCCACGGCCCUCCCUGAACUCUGCACCAAGUCCUUUUAAUCCACAAGGACAGAGUCAGAUUACAGACCCCAGGCAGGCACAGUCUUCCCCACCGUGGUCCUACGACCAGUCGUAUCCCUCCUACCUGAGCCAGAUGACGUCCCCGUCCAUUCACUCCACCACCCCGCUGUCGUCCACGCGGGGCACUGGGCUUCCUGCCAUCACCGACGUGCCGCGGCGCAUUUCAGAUGAUGACACUGCCACCUCUGACUUCUGCCUCUGGCCUUCCACUCUCAGUAAGAAGAGCCAGGCAGGUGCUUCAGAACUGGGCCCUUUUUCAGACCCCAGGCAAUUCCCAAGCAUUUCAUCCCUCACUGAGAGCCGCUUCUCCAACCCACGAAUGCACUAUCCAGCCACCUUUACUUACACCCCGCCAGUCACCUCAGGCAUGUCCCUCGGUAUGUCCGCCACCACUCACUACCACACCUACCUGCCACCACCCUACCCCGGCUCUUCCCAAAGCCAGAGUGGACCCUUCCAGACCAGCAGCACUCCAUAUCUCUACUAUGGCACUUCGUCAGGAUCCUAUCAGUUCCCCAUGGUGCCGGGGGGAGACCGGUCUCCUUCCAGAAUGCUUCCGCCAUGCACCACCACCUCGAAUGGCAGCACGCUAUUAAAUCCAAAUUUGCCUAACCAGAAUGAUGGUGUUGACGCUGAUGGAAGCCACAGCAGUUCCCCAACUGUUUUGAAUUCUAGUGGCAGAAUGGAUGAAUCUGUUUGGCGACCUUAUUGAAAUUCCUCAGCAGUGGCCCAGCGGUAUCUGGGAGCCACGUCCCAAAUGUAUCAAUAUAUACAUAUAUAGAGAGAGUGCGUAUAUAUGUAUAUCAAUUAGCUAUCUACAAAGUGCCUAUUUCCUAGAAGAUUUUUCACUCACUCAUUCAGUCAUGCUCUUGCAACUAUGAGAGGGUAGAUAUUGAGAAACAGAAGGCCCGAGAGAGAGAAUCAUAAUCAGGUUUCAGAUUGUUUUCUAUCUAUUUUUCUUUAAAUAGAAAAAAAAAAUGUACUUUUACAAACAAAGGAAAAGUAUUUUUGUUGCUGGUGUUUGGUCUGUUAUAAAUAACCUAUUCAUAUGCCAAUUCAGAAAGGUGGACUCCAGGUUCAGGAGGAAGAAGAGCAAAGCCGCUUCCUCUCUGUGCUCUGAAACCACACGUCCUCACGGUUGCAGCUGUGUGUGGACCGUGCACUCUGCAGACCAGCUUACGAAGCCGGUCGAAGUGCACGUAAAGGGAAAAGAGGUAGAACGGAUGCUUCCAAUGCAGUGUAACUGUUUCAAACUUGGCUUUCACACCUGCUGCAAGGACUCAUUGGAACUGUUUGGUUCAGUUUUUUUCUUACUUUAAGAAAA